AUGACGCCCGAGAAGACCAGCAACCCGGACAGUGACAAAUGUCGGAAGCUCCUUCUGUUGGAGCUGGAGGAAGUUGAGCUUUUGCUUCAACUUCAGUUGUCCAGAGCACAGCGGGCUCGUGCAGCUACCACGAUUGAGAAGUUCCAUCCCAUGCCACGGCCACCAGCUGUCAAUAUGGACAACCUUGAGACCCAACCCAUGGAUGAGACCCAGAUGAUGGGUCACAACCUUGAGACCCAACCCAUGGAUGAGACCCAGAUGAUGGAUGAAUCUUUUUCCUCCAAGUUUCAGCCGUGUGCUUUGAGCAAAGCUCAGACAUCUUUCAAAGAUGAAUGUGUACCAGGCAUCGUGGGUGAACACAAUGGAUCAAUGACUUUCGAUGAAGAGCCCUUGGGGAAAUAUCUUUUGUGCUCACCGUUUGACUCUGACCAAUACAUGAUCAACAGUGAUGGUUAUGCAUUGAUGGCUCCCUUGUCUCCACCACAGGAACUUGAGGUGGAUGCCAAUGAUGGUUUGCAAGAUCCCCUGUCUCCACCACAGGAAUCUGAGGGAGUUGCCAGUUUGGAGUCUCCUUUGUCUCCAUCACUGGAGCCUGAAUGA